AUGUUCACAACGGCACCGAUACUAGCUCAUUUUAAUCUGGAUCGGAGGAUUAUGAUAGAAACCGAUGCAUCUAACUAUGUUUCAGUAGGAAUCCUAUCUCAACGUGAUAAUGAAGGAAUCCUACAUCCACGACAUCACCUGGAGGGAGCCCAAUUCCCAAUUGAAGUUUUUAGCGACCAUCGGAAUCUUGAAUAUUUUAUGACAACAAAAUUGUUAAAUCGUCGACAAGCCCGUUGGUCCAAAUUCCUUUCACGCUUCGAUUUCAUUAUACAAUUUCGGCCAGGAAAACAGGGAGCGAAACCAGAUGCAUUGACUAGAAGGUCAGGUAACCUACCUAAAGAGAGGGAUGAAUGGUUGACGCAUCAGAGUCAAGUGAUUUUGAAGCGAGAAAAUUUGGAUACAAGGCUAAGUUUGUUCGCGGGUUCUUUGUCAAACGAAUCCGCUGAAGGAGCGUCCACUGUAGAGGAGUUAUUUUCAAAAGCUUACCAAGUUGAUAAUUUCCCAAACAAGAUCCUCGCUAUACUUCGGAAUGGCAUUCGUCACUCGAACAACAUUUCGCUUCCUGAAUGCACGGAUGAUAAUAACGGUUGGCUACUUUAUCGAGGCAUGCUAUAUGUACCAGAUGACAAUGACCUUCGGCUAAGGCUUUUAAAAGAACACCAUGACAAACCAUCCACAGGACAUUCAGGUAGAGCAAAGACAUUGGAACUUCUAAACCGAGAAUAUUAUUGGCCACAAAUGCGAAAAUAUGUCGACCAGUAUAUUAGGAAUUGCAAUGUGUGUGCCCGUAGCAAGGCACCACGCAAUGCACCUUAUGGAAUACUCCAUACUAUACCGAUACCUGAGGGACCGUGGAUGGAUAUAUCGAUGGAUUUUGUCACUGAUCUCCUGGAGAGCGAUGGAUACAAUGCAAUCUUAGUUGUGGUGGAUAGAUUAACCAAAAUGCGACAUCUAAUACCAACGACUAAAGAGGCAGAUUCAAGGGAAGUAGCGAGGCUAUACAUCGAUAAUUUUCUUGCGGAGUUUUGGAAGUCGCUUUGCGAUCGGUUGGAAAUAUCGUUGAAAUUCUCCACCGCAUUUCAUCCUCAGACAGAUGGACAGACGGAAAGAAUCAAUGCCGUAAUGGAACAAUACCUUCGAAGCUAUCUGCCUUCCAAGAAGUUCAAUUCGAAACUUAUUGAACCUUAUAGUGUUAAGCAGAUUAUCAAUCCCUACACUUACGAAUUGGAACUUCCCCGAUCAAUGAAGAUUCAUCCAGUAUUUCAUGUUUUGUUAUUGUCACCCGAAGCAAAUAAUCCUUUACCAGGACAACAACAAUUGCCACCACCUCCGGUUGAAAUCGAAGGGGAGGAAGAAUGGGAAGUCGAAGAUAUUUUGGAUUCGAGGAAACGAAGAGGAAGGUUUGAGUAUUUAGUACGAUAUAUAGGAUAUCAUGAAGCCUCCUGUCAACCACUAUCGGACCUUGAGCAUUCACCUGAUAUCGUCAAACGAUUCCAUGAGCGUUAUUUUCAUGGAUCGACUAGUGAAUACACUGAGUUACGAGGAGUUGGAUUAGUCAAAAGGGUUCUAUUGGGUUCUACCGGGUUCUGUUGA